UGAAACCUUCAUUAUAUUGUAUAUCAGUGAUGCUUUAAUUUUUAAAAAGUGCUUGUGACAUUUUACAAUGUAUUAAAGUUCUAGUUGUUCCAAUCAUUGCAGACAUUUUUCUAUAUUUUAAUUUUAGCUGUUCCACUAGUUGUGUGGUAGUAUCCUUUUGGUUUUAAUUUGAAUUUCACUGGUACUAAAGAUAUUUGAGUAUCUUUUGAUGUACUUAUUGGCUAUUUUUAAAUGUUUUUUAUGAACUGUCUGCUUCAAUCAUUUGUUUUUAAUUAGGUUGCUUAUCUUUAUUAUUGAGAUACAAGAAUUCUUUAUAUAUUCUGAAUCCAUGUUCUUUGGUGGAUAUAGGUAUUUAAAAUAGUUUCUUCCCUUAUGUGGCUUGUCUUUUGAUUUUCUUAAUGGUAUCUUUGAAGUGCAAAACUUUAAAAUUUUGAUGAAAUGCAAUUCAUAAUUUCAUCCUUUCAGACUUUGUGCCUUUUGUGUUCUAAGAUAUCUUUGCCCACUUCAAGAUUUUUUGCUCCUGUGUUGUUUUAGGUCUGUGAUCCACUUCAGGUUAAUUUUUUUCUGUACCAUAUUUUGAUGUUCAUUUACAAGCUUGCCUGAGGUAGGCCUUGCAUAGUUUGAAAGACAGAACAAGUUGGUCUUAAUCAUCAAAAUUUGGUAUGAGAAUUUCCAUUUGACUUUUUAGGAGUGUUUUUCAGGACCCAACUAAGAACUAAAGCUCAAUAUUGCCGGAGUCCAGCUCCAAUGAGUCCAGGAAUCCCUGAAGGAUGAACAGCUUUGGUGACUGAAUGAAUGAGUGAGGGCACAGACACCAGCAAGAGCUGAGCCUGGCCUUUAAUGAAAAGUAGCAGCUUGAUUAUAUACUCUUUGAUUACAUAAAGUAAAGUACAGAUAGUAAUCAUAUAAUUGACACAAAGCACAGUUACAUGAAUUUGGAUAAUGAGAUUAUAUCAUUUGGCAGGUCUUAGCAGUUAACUUAUUUCUAAGUAAGCUUGGUUUUUAGUUUUUGUGGCCAGAAAAUCUUACAAAGGUUAGGUAGGUGCCAGACUCUUGGUUUCUUUAGAGAUGACUAAAGUUCACUAUUCUAUUGUUUUUAUGUAAGGCAUUCAUUCUUUCAUAGCUAUACUCCCAUUCUUCAUCUCUGGUAGGAAAGAAGGAGGCUGUCUCUAAAAGAACACGGUGAGAGAGGAGCCAAGAUGGUGGCAUGAGUAGAGCAGUGGAAAUCUCCUCCCAAAACCAUAUAUAUUUUGGAAAAUACAACAAAUACAACUAUCCCUAAAAGAGAGACCGGAAGAUACAGUACAACAGCCAAGCGACAUCUACACCUGCAAGAACCCAGCACCUCAUGAAUCAGUGUUGGAAAAUUGCGGUCUUUUCAGAAGCCUGGCCCUCUGCUGAUCUUCCUUGUGGAAACAUCUCUUAGGCCAUUUUGGAUAGGGAGGUUGAUGUACUCCCCAGUUCCCUGAAUGCCACAAAGACUCUUCCCCAAACUGCUGGGCCCAUCUCUCUGCCUCCUCUGUAAGAUAUUAGAAAAGGCAAAUAAAGAAACCAGAAGUACAAGACACCCUAUUAUACAGAUUUGUUUCCUCCAUUGGACUGAGAGCAUUUCAGGGCAGGAACCUGCUGUCACUUAUUCAUCUUCACACACCAACACCCCAGCACCUAGCAAAGUGCUCAUUGCAGGAGCAGCUUGCAUGCACUCGGGAUGGCUUCUGGAAAACUAAUCAAAUUUCUGGUUUUUGAGCUUCUUGAAUUUGCUGCUUUCUCCAUUCCCACGCUUGUGAUUGUGGAGCAGUUUGCCACUGCCUAUCAAAGUACAAGGAAUAAAGAUGAGAAAAUGCACUAUUGGCUAAUUGUUUCCUGUUCAAUUGCUUACGUGGCUUCAGUGACUCUAUUGAUUUGGGUUCCCAUGAAAGUUCUGUUAAAAAAGAAACGUCAUCUUUACAAAAAAAUUAAAGGAUGGAGACCUGUUCUUAUGAUGUGUGUGGUACUUACCACACUUCCCAGCUUCAGCUUUUCAAUAGCAGUGACUGAGAUUCAAAAGGAUAUGAAUGGUUCUCUUGCUGUCUUACCUGAUACCUUACCUGACCUGCCAGUUUCCCUGGUUGUGACUUCCUUGAUCAUGGUUGAUAUUAUUGAAAAACUCAGGAUAUAUCCUCUUAGAGGGAAGCAAAAGAGUAAUGAAGACAAGCACAUGCAUGCAACCACUUUGCAACAAGUAAAAACUGUGAUGGACCAAGUGAGGCAAAAGGAAGAAAACCCUGAGCUUCCCCAGCCAGCCAGGAUGACCCAGGCGUCGCUGCCACCAAGAGCCACCACACAAAGCUGGGCUCCUGCUCUGGCGGGACCUCAGGAGCCCUCCUUUCAGUCAGCAGUGCUGAGUACAAUGUCGCAACAGGACCAUCGUGCUGAGAUCUUCCUGUGGAGCUUUCUGCUGUGGUCCGACACCAUAGAAAUGGUGCGUGUGGCCGGCCACCAGGCGGUGUACAAGUCGGGCUGGGUAUACCCAGUCUACAUAUUCAGUUUUAUUUCUCUCCUUCGAAUUAUAUUCACUCCCCAGAACCCUCUCCUCAAUUCUCUGGGCAUCCUGCUCCAGGAUUUACCCUUUAUUUUUGUUAGACUUAGUUUAAUCAUUUCCUUGGGAACUAUCACACCCACACUGGGCCUUUGUAAAAAUGUACUAGUGACUCUCUCUUAUGUUUACUUCAAUUACUUAACCAAAUUCAGAGUUUUCUCUACCUUUGAAAUGUCUUUAUUUUAAAAAGAAAAUGUAGUAUAUUCAAAUCUCUUUAUUAUGCAUGUAAUCUUUUUUUCAGGGGCAUAAGUUUUUGUACUGCAUAAAACAAUGAAGAAUAGCUUGUACAGCAUGAACUAUUUUUAAUAAUAAAGUUAAUAUUUUAAUAGUUUAACUGAAGCAUGUAAGUUUAUUCUUAAUGUAUGUAAGUGGUGCUAAAUAUAAGCAAAAUUAUAUUCUUAUAAGUUGAUGUAAAUCCGGGGAAAGGAAAUCCCGGGGCAAAAUACCCCUAAAAAUCAAAAUCAGUCAAAGGGAGAAAUAAAG